AUGUCCGGGGAAGGAAAAUUUGGCCCGCUGGUCGGAGCGAUAGACGAAGGUACGUCUAGCGCGCGUUUCAUGAUAUUUAAAGCGAAUUCUUGCGAAGUCGUUGCCACGUAUCAAAAGGAAAUAGAACAGCAUUUUCCACAAGAAGGAUGGGUUGAGCAGGAUGCCUGCGCCAUACUGGAUGUGGUGAUAACAUGUAUAAACAAAGCAGUGGAGCAGCUUGUCUCUCUAGGUGGUAGUCCCAGGGAUAUAGUUGCAAUUGGUGUUACAAAUCAGAGAGAAACCACAAUAGUGUGGGAUAAAUUUACCGGCAAACCUCUCCACAAUGCAAUAGUGUGGCUGGAUAUGAGAACUUCUUCGACUAUAGACAAGUUACUGGAUUUGGUUCCUAACAAGACAAGAAAUAAGAAUUACUUAAAGCCUUUAUGCGGUUUGCCGAUGUCGCCCUACUUUAGUGCAGUAAAACUUAGAUGGUUGGUAGACAAUGUUGAUGCCGUCAAACAAGCUAUGAAGAACGGCUCCUGUUGCUUUGGUACUGUGGACACAUGGCUUAUAUGGAAUUUGACAGGUGGUGUCAACGGCGGCAAACACGUAACGGAUGUCACAAAUGCAUCUCGGACUAUGCUAAUGAACAUUGAAACGCUGAACUGGGAUCCACUUCUAUUGAAAUUCUUUGAAAUUCCCAAAUCGGUGUUGCCACAGAUAAAAUCCAGUUCAGAGAUAUAUGGCUACAUAGCUGACGGUCCCUUGAGAAGCAUUCCGAUAUCUGGUUGCCUAGGAGACCAACAAGCGGCCUUAGUGGGCCAGCUGUGUCUACAAAAAGGUCAAGCGAAGGCCACAUAUGGAACUGGAUGUUUUGUCCUUUAUAAUACAGGCGAAGUUCGCGUCAACUCAAGUAAAGGUCUCCUCACUACAGUGGCUUACCAAUUGGGAGCGAAUAAUCCCCCGUGCUAUGCUCUAGAAGGUUCUGUUGCAGUGGCUGGCGCCGCGUUAGGCUGGCUAAAAGAUAAUGUCGGUAUGUUGGAGAGCGCAAAACAAUCCCAGGAACUAGCCGAGAAGGCAACUGAAAACGGCAGCGUCGUGUUUGUGCCGGCUUUCAGUGGGUUGUAUGCGCCGUACUGGCGACAGGACGCUAGAGGAGUUAUAUGCGGUAUUACGGAAGAUACGAACUCAAAUCACAUCGUCAAAGCUGCUUUGGAAGCUGUAUGUUUUCAAGUGAGGGAUAUUCUAGAUGCCAUGAAUGAGGACUGUGGUAUUCCGCUGCAGCUUUUGAAGGUGGACGGCGGUAUGACAUCGAACGCUCUCGUCAUGCAAAUGCAAGCAGAUCUCAUCGGUAUCAACAUAAUAAAGGCCGGUUUCGCAGAGAGUACCGCGCUCGGGGCAGCCCUAGUCGCGUAUUGGGGUAUCGACCGCACAACGCAAGUAUCAUCUAUAGAAAUCAACAAUGGAGUGAUAUACGCCCCUAAGAUAUCCGAUGAUGAACGGGACAUGAGGUACAAACAGUGGAAAAUGGCGGUGGAACGAUCACUCGGCUGGGAGGAGAACUAA